AUGAGCUGGGCUCUCUUAAAACCACCUGUCGUUAAUGAAUGUCCCGUUUGCAGAGGACAAAAUGGAAAGGCUGUUCAGUUUUUCUAUGGGGGAUACGCCUGCCUCGCGUGCGUAUCUUUCUUCCGUCGUCAUUAUAAUGUAGAUCCAAAGCCAUGCCUAACCGGAGGAAACUGUAACCCUGAAGGAAGAAAAUGUCCCUCUUGUCGACUCAAAAAUAUUCGAAGCGCAGGAAUGAUACAUACCCAGGAGAGACCGGCUCUUCCUUCGCCUCCUCCAACCCCUCCCGGAUUUAAUAUGGCCACAAUUAUCUCGGGUCUCAAGGCUCUGGACAUUUGUCGAGACACGCUUUUCCGAACCCGGGUCUCCAUGGAGAAUAUCAGUUUAGAUACGCUGAUCUCUAAACCUCUCCACAAGCAACAUUUGGUUCGAAGAACUCCAAAAAUGAAUCUGGACUUUUAUGAUUGGGCAACAAUGGAUCAGAUUUCAGCAAUCGAUUUAAUGAAGAAACUCGAGUUUGUUGGCCAGUUGAAUGCCCAAACAGAGAUCCCAUUUUUCAUCAAAAGAAACUACGUAAAGUUCAUUAUCCUCAUCAACGCUGUUAGAAAUCUGAAGAAUGCAGGAAACGUGGUGGAGUAUCCCGGCGGUGUUGAUGUCUUUCCCGAUGAGGUCAAAAAGUAUUAUCAGAACAAUCUGCAUCUUCUCGCCUCGGUUCGUUGUAAGCUUCUGGCUAGACUUCGUGAGCUGAAAAUCACUAACGAGGAGUUUCUGCUAUUGGGCGCUAUUGUGAUUUGUGAUCCUUCCAACCAAAAACUAAAGCCAGCCAGCCGUGACCUCAUCUCCCAAUAUCAAAAAAUGUUCAACAAUGCUCUCUUGCAAUAUUGCCUUCAUAACUAUUCAAAAAAUGGACCAACAAGAUUUACAGAAAUAUUGGGAAUCUUACAUCUCAUCAACUCCAGCUUCAUGGAAUUUGGAAAUAUCUGGCUACCGUAUCUAGCUCAUGAGCAGCCGAAUGUUAAGCAACUGUUCACCGAUUUUUCGUCUAUUGUUCAGUAUAACUGA